CAAUUUGUUAGCUGUUUGCAAACUGCUAAUUAAUAAAUUUUGUAAAAAAUUUAUUUUAAUUUCUAAAAGAAAUUUAAUUGUCAUUAAGGUGGAGAAAAAAGUGUUUUUGUUUUGAUUUGCAAGCAGGGCUGGUUAGUGCAAUGCUAUUGCAAUUUAUGUGUUUACUUUUUUGCAAACAUACAUACAUACAUAUCUACAGCACUGUAAACAAAAAAAACUAUUUUUUGCUUUAUUUUAAUCAACUGUUUAUCUCAAAUGAAUUAAGAGAGGAAGAAGAAAAGCGAGUAAAACAAAAAGUAAAGAAUCACAACACAAUAACAACAGUUUGAAUGCAGAGAAGAGUCACAGCUAAACUCUUCAGACAAAUGCAUGUUAAACAAAAUUCGUCUGAAUUCUCUUUAGUAUUUGAAGACGAGUAAAAUAUUUGAAUGCGAAAUGGCUGAGAAUAAUAAGAAAAACAAAAAUAAUUUAACAUCUGGCAUAAAAUGCUGUGUGAGAAUAUGCAAAAAAUCCAAAAGGAAUAAUAAAGGAUUAAAAAUGUUUAAAUUUCCAACGUCAGAUAGGGUACUUGGUAAAAUUUGGCGUGAAAAAUGUCAAAUUCCCGAACAAGAUUAUGAAAGAAAUCUCUAUAUAUGCGAGCAUCAUUUUCCGAGUAAUUGUGUGGGGAGAAAAAAGUUAAAGGCCGACGCCAUACCGACCAUAGAUUUGAAUAUAAUAGCGGAGGAUUCACAAGAUAUUAUUAAGCUGCGCGAUUCGUCGAAUGAACUAGAACUUAAAAAGAAGAAUUGUACAGCUAACGAAUCAGUAACUAAUAAAGCAGCAGAUGCAAACAACAGUAAUACAACAAUAGAUCAGACACAACCACCCAAUACAACUUCCGCCAACACCAGCCAACAAUAUAUGGCCCUAGCAUGGGCUCUUAAACUAACGAAAAUGUCACACUCGCAAAAUAUUUUUGCUAAGAAGUUAAUAAAUGAUGUUAUAUUGAAUGGCGAAUUGGGUUUACUUAACUUAAAUACUGGUCUAAGCAAUAUAAGUUCCUUAAACUACUUAGAUGAGGAUGUUGAUAACAAGGAGGUGGAGUUUAUUAAGUUAGAAAAUAUAAAUUUUUAAGAAAUUUUAUUAAUUCUGUUAUGUAUGUAGAUUUUAAGUUAAAUUUAAAUGUUUUUUUUUAGAAAAACAAUAAAUUCUU